AUGGGAUUACCACUUAUCCUGCUUUACUUAGUGAUUCCAACCCUACUUGCUCAAGAUUGUGGCAUCGCCCCCAUUAGCACACGCAUCGUGGGAGGCAUGGAUGCCUCGCCAGGUACCUGGCCUUGGCAGGUCAGCAUUCACUAUGAAAGUCAACACAUCUGUGGAGGAACUCUCAUCAACCGUGAGUGGGUGCUCAGUGCGGCUCACUGCAUCGUCUCCACUAACACAAGUGAGUGGACUGUGUACUUGGGAAGGAACGGCCAGAACACAACAAACCCCCAUGAAGUGAGUCGAUCAGUUCGAGAGAUCAUUGUCCACCCUUUCUAUGACAACAUGAUGAUCGACAACGAUGUCGCGUUGAUAAAGCUGAGCAAUCCGGUCGAUUUUACCAACUACAUCCGUCCCGUCUGCCUGGCAUCCCCCGGCAGCGUUUUCAACACGGACACUACCUGCUGGGCCACAGGUUGGGGCAACGUUGCCUAUAACGACUCAUUACCACCUCCUUACAUACUUCAGGAAGUACAGGUGCCAGUAGUAGGCAACAAGCAGUGUAUGUGCCAGUAUGAAAAUGGAUAUAUCACGCCUCAGAAAAUCUGUGCAGGAGAAGCGGGCAGAGGAAUAUGUAUGGGUGAUUCCGGAGGACCACUUCAGUGUCAGCAGAACUCUGUGUGGGUGCAGGCUGGUAUAUCCAGUUUCGGAGUGUCCUGCGGUGGAGGAGAUUACCCAGAAGUCUACACUCGUGUGUCUGAGUUCCAGGCCUGGAUAACGCAACACAUUGAUGAAUCCACUAUUGGUUUUGUUACUUUCAAAUCCACUGGCUUUGAUGCAGAUGACUACUUCAUUUAUUGUGGCAUCGCCCCCAAUAACACACAGAUAGCGGGAGGCAUGAACGCUUCAGCAGGUACCUGGCCUUGGCAGGUCAGCCUUUAUUUGGGGAGUAAUCACACGUGUGGAGGAACUCUCAUCAACCGUGAGUGGGUGCUCAGUGCGGCUCACUGCAUGAUCUCCCCCAAUACAAGCGAGUGGACUGUGUACUUGGGAAGGAACAUCCAGAACACGACAAACCUCCCUGAAGUGAAUCGAACAGUUCAACAGAUCAUUGUCCACCCUUUCUACAACAGCACGAUGAUGGACAACGAUGUUGUGCUGAUAAAGCUGAGCAAUCCGGUUAAUUUCACCAACGACAUCCGUCCCAUCUGCCUGGCAUCCGCUGGCAGCGUUUUCAACACGGACACUACCUGCUGGGCUACAGGUUGGGGAAAUGCUACCACGAACUACUCAUUACCGACUCCUAACUUACUUCAGAAAGUACAGGUGCCAGUAGUAGGCAACAAGCAGUGUAGCUGCCAGCGUGGAAAUAAUUGCAGCACUCCCCCUCCGCCAGGUACCUGGCCUUGGUUGGUCGGAAUUAAUCAUCUAGGUCAACACGCCUGUGGAGGAUCUCUCAUCAACCAUGACUGGGUGCUCAGUGUGGCCAGCUGCUUUGUCAGCAAUAAUACAAGCGAGUGGACUGUGAACUUGGGACAGAUUGGCCAGAACACCACAAACCUCCCUGAAGUGACUCGAUCAGUUCAGAAGAUCAUCGUCCACCCUUUCUACGACAACAAUAUGCACGACAACGAUGUCGCGCUGAUAAAGCUGAGCAAUCCGGUCGAUUUCAACAACACCAUCCGUCCUGUCUGCCUGGCAGCCCCUGGCAGUGUUUUCAGCACGGACACUACCUGCUUGUCCAUAGGUUUGGGAAACAUUACGAUGAACGGGUGA